CCAACGCCACCAGGACGACCAGAAUCCCUUGCAAUGGUGCCGUUUCAGCUGGAGAUACUUGCCCUGCUUGCCGUGGUAAUCGGCUUCGUUGUCAACAUCUACAUCGUGGUUAUCGUUAUCCUCACGAAACAGAUCACAUUCGCCAGCAAGAUCCUACUGCUCCACCUAGGAGUGGUGAACGCAGUGCUAUGCGUGUUCUACCUGAUCUUCUACAUGGCGAGCCUGCUCCAGAUGUUGCCAGUAGCAAUGGACGCGAUGGAUGUCACCUGUCUACUAUUCGGGUUGUGCUUCAACACCCUCCACUCGAUCGCUCUGUGGACGUUGUGUGCGCUCAACUUCGAUCGGUACUUCGCCAUCGCCACGCCGCUACACUACGGGACGUUUAUCAACACGAAAAAGCAGGUCCUGAUUACGCUCGGUGCCGGUUGGGUCGUCUCCACGCUGUUCAGCUUGCCGCAGGCGGUACGGAUCUCGGCGUAUAAAUUCGACAGCGACUACGCGCUGUGCCUGCCGAACCUGCAAACGACGGAAUCACUCAUCUACAGCAUCAGCUUCGUGCUGUUCACCAUCCUGCUGCCGAUCGUGCUCAUCCUGGGCUGCAACAUGAAGGUGUUGAUGAUCGCGCGCUAUCAGCGUAACCGAAUCGCGUCCGCCAUCUUGGAGGUGACGUUAUCCGCUCAGCUGACCAUCACGCAUCAGCGGAAUCCGUUCUUUGUGCCGAACGCUGGAGCUGGCCCAGGGCCAAGCUCAGCCGUGGGCAGGGGACCAGCUGCCAGCGGCAGUCUAGGAGCUGACUGCAAGUCCUGCACGCAAGGAUCCAACCAAAACAACCCCGCAGCAAACGUGAUCCAGCUCGUCGGGUCGGCCAUCUUGUUCCACUGCCCGUACUACUUCGUUAUCCUGUGGAACAGCGUGUUGCCGUUCGUGGCGAAUGGUUGGCGUACGCCCGCGAUCCUGCUCAAUCUGGCCUCCUUCCUUCUGCUGCUCUCACCGACCAUCAACGCCAUUUUGUACGGUGUGCGCAGCAAGAUCGUGCGCCGCUCGUUCCGCAACAUUCUUCGCAAGCAGAAGCAAAAGAUCGAGAUCCACUACGAGAUCCAGGCGCGUACACCAUCGACCUGCGGUUCCCGGCGACCCUCGCUCAGUGGCACCCAGUUCCAGCAGCAGCAGUUGCAGCAACAGCAGCAACCAUUGCUGCUGGCGUUCGCCUCCGACGGUAGCCGGCCGGUUUCGGCUGAUGGGCGUUCCGAGGGUGGACUCGAGCCGGAGGAUGCUCUACAAUCGCCGCUGGGGCGCGUCAAGUUUGGCAGCUGUUCGGCCUUAAGCGGUCCGCAGCUUCCAACGUUGCCCCUGUUCGUAUGCAAUCCGCCGCACACGCACCAUGAAUCCGGCAAAGCGACGGUGGCAGCUGGGCCACGGCCCAAGAUCACUAUCACCAAGAUUCAGAACGAUGAUGAACCGGCCUGUCACACCCCACCACCACCACCCCCACCGUCCCCGGCACCCUCGACAACGCCAGCCGUCCUCGAGGGCGCCCGGGACGUAGCCGCGGCGGCCGUCGAUGGCGGGCGGCUGCCGGCGGCCCUUAUUACCGCCAUACCACCGAUCUGCACCACAGACAAUCUUAGCGUUGCAGGACAAUCAGGUGCCAAGCUGCACCCCGCACCGCUCUCGGCCGGUCCCACCUGUCUCGAGCCGAAGAUAUCGUUUAGGAAGUUCUCCUCGCUGCAGGAGAUUUUAGGUAACGGAACUGAGUAAGCGCGUCAGCGGUAUAGGAGUACGUUAUAUAUGAUGAGGUUAAAUU